GGUCGAUCAAGAAAGUAUAAUACUCCGAUAGAACUUGUUUUGGUGUGUAUUCUGCGAUGAGGUAACGCUCAAAUCAGGUAAAUCUUUCUCUGGUGUAGGUCACCGACCAAACUUUCUAGUCAACCCUACUCUUCAAAAGCUUUGCUUUCAUUCUUUUAAGCGCAAAACGCAACGGGGAUGUUCGCCCCAAUUCAUUUUGUAUAUUUUGAACUGGUUUACUGCUCCAGACUAAUGGGUGCGUUUAUUAACUUUGCACAAUGGUUGAAUAGCAGCAUAUCACUAGCUAUAUACACGCUAUAUAUAAGCUAUGCUAUAUGCUUUAGCGACCUAUAUUUUCUAUCAAUGAUUUAGAAUGGGACUCCAAUAAAUAUCUUGACAUUGAACAGUCAGCCCUGUCCAGACUCUGCCCCGAGGAAACAGAAUCAAUAGAUUAUCUAUUUUGGUACUGUCCUUCUGUGGCUUGCUUUUGGAGACAGGUACACUACCGUUAAGAAGUUUGCGGUCACUUAGAAAUGUCCUUGUUUUUGAAAGAAAACCAAUAGUUUUGUCCAUUAAAAUAACAUCAAAUUGAUCAGAAAUACAGUGUAGACAUUGUUAAUGUUGUAAAUGACUAUUGUAGCUGGAAACGGCAGAUUUUUAAUGGAAUAUCUACAUAGGUGUACAGAGGCCCAUUAUCAGCAACCAUCAGUCCUGUGUUCCAGUGGCACAUUGUGCUUGCUAAUCCAAGUUUAUCAUUUUAAAAGGCUAAUUGAUCAUUAGAAAAUCCUUUUGCAAUUAUGUUAGCACAGCUGAAAACUGUUGUGCUGAUUAAAGAAUCAAUAAAACUGUCCUUCUUGAGACUAGUUGAGUAUCUGGAGCAUCAGCAAUUGUGGGUUCGAUUACAGGCUCAAAAUGGCCAGAAACAAAUAACUUUCUUCUGAAACUCGUCAGUCUAUUCUUGUUCUGAGAAAUGACCUUCUAGGCAGAGUUGCAAAGAAAAAGCCAUAUCUCAGACUGGCCAAUAAAAAUAAAAGAUUAAGAUGGGCAGUCUGAGAUAUGGCUUUUUCUUUGCAACUCUGCCUAGAAGGUCAGCAUCCCGGAGUCGCCUCGUCACUGUUGACGUUGAGACUGGUGUUUUGCGGGGACUAUUUAAUGAAGCUGCCAGUUGAGGAUCUGUGAGGCGCCUGUUUCUCAAAUUAGACACUCUAAUGUAUUUGUCCUCUUGCUCAGUUGUGCACCGGGGCCUCCCACUCCUCUUUCUAUUCUGGUUAGAGUCAGUUUGCGCUGUUCUGUGAAGGGAGUAGUACACAGCGUUGUACGAGAUUGUCACGCCCUGGCUCUGGGGACACUGUUAUGUUGAGCCAGGGUGUGUAGAUUUCUGUGUUGUAGGUCUAGUUGUUUCUUUUCUAUGUUGCCAGUGUGGUUCUCAAUCAGAGGCAACGAGUGUCAGCUGUGGCUGGUUGUCUCUGAUUGGGAACCACAUUUAAACAGGCUGUUUUCCCACAAUAGUUGUGGGAUCUUGUUCUAGUUGGUUUGUGUUAGACCGUUGACUGUCACGUUAUCGUUUUUGUUGUUUUGAUCGUGCAUCACCUAUAAUAAAUAUGUUCGCAUUCAACGCUGCGCCUUGGUCCUCCUCUCUUACCGACGAUCGUGACAGAAGAUCCCACCAGAACUGGACCAAGCAGCGGGUCCAGGAGCCAUCGCCAGGGAAAACCCUAGCGGAUAUCCAGCGCCUCCUCGACUGGGUCAAGCCGGGUGAGGAAGAGAGGGGCUUGACGUGGAAGCAGAAGGGCGAAAGGCUGGCGAGAAGUAUGGAGACCUGGUCCACGGGUAGGAGUGAAGCCCAUAACAUUUUUAGGGGGGGGCUAACGCCGUGGACGACGGGCCAGCAGGAGACCGCGACAGAGCGGCCCAGCGGGUUGGCAGAGGAGGCCGCCAGGUUACGGGGGCCACUGGUCGAAGAGGGGAUGGAAGGUGUAGAGGCACGGCGAAGGGUACUGGGGUGUGUUACCAGUCCGGUCCGGCCCGUUCCAGAUCCCUGCGUAGGGCCAGUGGUGUGUGUCCCCAGUACGGUCCGGCCUGUUCCUGCUCCCCGCACCAGGCCAAUGGUGCGAGUCUCCAGCCCGGUCCGGCCCGCUCCUGUUCCCCACACCAAGCCAGUGGUGCGCAUCGCCAGCCCGGUCCGGCCCGCUCCUGCUCCCCACACCAAGCCAGUGGUGUGCGUCGUCAGCCCGGCACGGCCCGUGCCUGUUCCCCACACCAAGCCAGUGGUGCGAAUCGCCAGCCCGGUUCGGCCCGCUCCUGCCCCCCACACCAAGCCAGUGGUGUGCGUCGUCAGCCCGGCACGGCCCUUGCCUGUUCCCCACACCAAGCCAGUGGUGUGCGUCGUCAGCCCGGCACGGCCCGUGCCUGUUCCCCACACCAAGCCAGUGGUGUGCAUCGCCAGCCCGGUCCGGCCCGCUCCUGCUCCCCACACCAAGCCAGUGGUGUGCGUCGUCAGCCCGGCACGGCCCGUGCCUGUUCCCCACACCAAGCCAGUGGUGUGCGUCGUCAGUCCGGCAAGUCCCGUGCCUGUUCCACCGGUGCCUGGUCCGGCACCGGUCAGAUGCUUCACGCCGGAGCUAGAGCAAUCCGCUCCACCAAUGUGCAGUCCAGCUCCGGCCAGCGGGGCCAGACCGGACCAGGGGUACUUUGGGGGGUUGGAGCGGGGAUCAGGCCCGGAGCCGGAUCCACCGCCUAGGCGGAGUGCCCACCCGGUCCCUCCCCUGUGGUAUUUGGUUGGCGCGGUCGGAGUCCGCGCCUUUAGGGGGGGAGUACUGUCACGCCCUGGCUCUGGGGACACUGUUAUGUUGAGCCAGGGUGUGUAGAUUUCUGUGUUGUAGGUCUAGUUGUUUCUUUUCUAUGUUGCCAGUGUGGUUCUCAAUCAGAGGCAACGAGUGUCAGCUGUGGCUGGUUGUCUCUGAUUGGGAAACCACAUUUAAACAGGCUGUUUUCCCACAAUAGUUGUGGGAUCUUGUUCUAGUUGGUUUGUGUUAGACCGUUGACUGUCACGUUAUCGUUUUUGUUGUUUUGACCGUGCAUCACCUAUAAUAAAUAUGUUCGCAUUCAACGCUGCGCCUUGGUCCUCCUCUCUUACCGACGAUCGUGACAGAGAUCUUCAGUUUCUUGGCAAUUUCUCGCAUGGAAUAGCCUUCAUUUCUCAGAACAAGAAUAGACUGACGAGUUUCAGAAGAAAGUUAUUUGUUUCUGGUCAUUUUGAGCCUGUAAUCGAACCCACAAUUGCUGAUGCUCCAAAUACUCAACUAGUCUCAAGAAGGACAGUUUUAUUGCUUCUUUAAUCAGCACAACAGUUUUCAGCUGUGCAAACAUAAUUGCAAAAGGGUUUUCUAAUUAUCAAUUAGCCUUUUAAAAUGUUAAACUUGGAAUAGCAAACACAACUUGUCAUUGGAACACAGGACUGAUGGUUGCUGACAAUGGGCCUCUGUACGCCUAUGUAGAUAUUCCAUUAAAAAUCAACCGUUUCCAGCUACAAUAGCCAUUUACAACAUGAACAAUGUCUACACUGUAUUUCUGAUCAAUUUGAUGUUCUUUUAAUGGACAAAAAAUGUGCUUUUCUUUUGAAAACAAGGACAUUUCUAAGUGACCCCAAACUUUUGAACUGUUGUGUAAGUGAUAAUGUCUGUGUUCAGAUGGACCUACAAACAGUAGGCCUACUGUUAGGAGAUCUGAAAAACCAAGAUCAAUCAAUGGGAAAUAUGAUUACACUCUUAGGUAAAGUAUUUAUUUUUAGGGCAAUCUCGGUAGAAACGGUACAAUUACAGAGGUUCAAGAACCUCAUAAGACAUCACAGUAAAAUAGAAGGAUGUUUUGCAAAAGGAAACAGUAAAAUGGUAGUGUACUGGGGAAAAUUGGUUAGUUUGUGGACAUCUGAGGGUUGGAAUUAAGAUGAAAGUGUACUGUAUGUGAGCGAAAAUAGCUGUAAGUAGCAGUAAAGACUUAUUGUUGUCCGUUAGUUUACUCCAAUCAAGGAAGGGGUGGUAGGGUUGAAUUAUUAUUAUUAUUAUUAUUAAAUUGGGGAAUUAGAAAUAUUGCAAACAAUUAGUUUGAUAGAACCCAAAAUCUAUCUAUCUAUCUAUCUACAUGCACACCAUUGCCAUGAUUGCACUAUCAGGCUCAAAGAUCACUAUUGGAGAUCCAGAACCAUGUGCUGUGAAAUCUGUAUUAAAGUCUAGUGAGUCUACCUACUGGGCACACACUGGUUGAAUCAACGUUGUUUACACAUCAUUUCAAUAUAAUUACGUUGAACCAACGUGGAGACGUUGAAUUGACAUCUGUGCCCAGUGGGUAAUGUCAUCAGGGAAAAUUAUUAAUAAUUUUAUAUUUUCCCCUACUCCUAAACUGUAAUGGCUAUUCAGGUAUCAUCAUAAAUGCAAUGCUGACUUCUGACUAGAUGGUUACAAGGUGAGAGACUGUAAUACCAACUACCUUGAUUAACUUGGGACUGAUAGUUGCACUGCAAUUGAUCUGUUUUAGUGUGAGCAAGCAACUGAGCAAGCCUACCAAUGCCAUUUGUGGAAUUCAUAGCAGGAUGCAUCUCAGGUAAUGUAUAGGGGGAACAUAGAUUUUUGUGUAUCAAAACAUUUUUGGGCAUGAAUAUGGAGGUUGAACUUGACUAGGGGUAUAUGAAUAUGUUCUAGGAGCAGUAGGGUUGGCUUUUGGUCACCCAAUGGACACAGUGAAGGUACAAGUAUUGGACUCACUCAAACUUGAUGAUUAGAUCCACUAAUUUAGACCAAGGAAUCAAAACUUGUUGACAAGUCACAUAAUAUGUAUAUUAUACUCCAUCUGUAGGUGCGUCUGCAGACCCAGGUUAAAUACAAGGGGAUUUUUGACUGUGUGGCUAGGACAUACGCUCGCGAAGGGGUACGUUUUUGAAUAGUUUGGUAUUAUGUGACUCAUCCCACUGUGCACAGCACGUCAUUUCAAUGUGGAUAAUAGAGUAAUAUUUGGUUGAGACAAUCAAUGAGAUUACAACCUAUAUUUACCCACUCAAAAAGACAGCCAAAAGUUAGUUGAAUUUCCAAUGUGUUAUCACUAUGCUUUCAACCAUCUAAAAGCACAACCAAAUUCCAAUGAAAAGACAAUGUCUUAUUUUUGGUUAAGUUUUCACUCAAAUGUCUAUCACUGUGCAUUCAACCAUGUAAAAGCACAGCAAAGUUCAAGUGGGAAUACAAUGUCAGAUAUUUAGUUUAUUUAUACAACAUGUGUUACUUAUCGCUGUGCUUCAUCUAAUAGCAGAACCAAAUGACCUGGAUUGCUGUUGAGAUUACAUUAAAAGUACAUAGUGCAAGUGAUCAAUGCCAUUCGAGAUUCUGCACAGAUUAUUACACAAAUGUGAAGAUCUCCACAGACCUGUGAUGACCUAUGCAUGCUAUCUUGAACAUGCACACUGUAUAUGAUUACAUAAAAAUACAUGUAUAGUUACAGUAACCUCAAAAUGUGGCCAUGGAUGUGUUACUCAAUUUGAAGUAAAAUGUUAAAUUAGUUUGUAAGAUAGCCUUAACAUUAGGCUAUUUACUGUAUUACAAAAGUAAUAUUGAAUUGUAUUUGGUUGACAACACAACCAAAUAUUAACAUUUAAAGGAGAUCUACUGCUUGGAUAUUUCCAUCUGAGCAACUGGCUUAUGCCCAUUCUUUAACUUUUAUUUUUGGUUGAGUUGGAGACGUCAAUCCAACAUAUAAUUUGUUAACUUUCCGACAAGUUAAUAGGCUAUUUAUUGUAUUUCAAAUAUGGAAUUGUGUUUGGUUACAUUUAAAAUGUUUACAUUUUAGUCAUUUAGCAGAGGCUCUUAUCCAGAGCAACUUACAAUUAGUGCAUUCAUCUUAAGAUAGCUAGGUGAGACAACAACAUCACAAUCGUAUCAAGUACAUUUUCCCUAAACAAAGUAUUUAUCAUCAAAGUCAGUGCUAGUGGGAAAAGAGAAGUGCCUUUUUUAAAUAGUAAACAUUUUUGGGAGGGGGGCGUAGGGGGCGCCGUGAGAGUUAUUUAAGAUACUCUUCAAAGAGGUAGGGUUUCAGACGUUUUCCCAAAAAAUAAGAAGGGACUCCGCUGUCCUGACUUUAGGAGGAAACUUGUUCCACCAUUGGGGUGCCAGGAUAGAGAAGAGCUUGGACUGGGCUGAGCGGGAGCUGUCCUCCCGUAGGGGUGGGAGGGCCAAGAACCAGAGGUGGCGGAACGGAGUGCUUGGUUUGGGAUGUAGGGUUUGAGCAUAGCCUGAAGGUAAGGAGGUGUAGUUCCCCUUGCUGCUCCGUAGGCAAGCACCAGGGUCUUGAAUGUGAUGCGAGCUUCGACUGGAAGCCAGUGGAGUGUGCGGAGGAAUGGGUGACAUGGGAGAACAUUGGAAGGUUGAACACCAGGUGGGCUGCGGCAUUCUGGAUAAGUUGUAGGGGUUUGAUGGCACAAGCGUAGAGCCCAGCCAACAGAGAGUUGCAGUAGUCUAGACGGGAGAUGACAAGUACCUGGAUUAGGACCUGCGCCGCUUCCUGUGUGAGGAAAGGUCGGACUCUACGGAUGUUGUAGAGCAUGAACCUGCAGGAGUGAGUCACUGCUUUGCAGAGAACGACAGGUUGUAGUCCAGUGUCACACCAAGCUUCUUUGCACUCCUGGAGUGGGACACCGUGGAGUUGUCAACCGUGAUGGAGAGGUCUUGGAGCGGGCAGGUCAUCCCCUGGAGGAAGAGCAGCUCCGUUUUGUCGAGUUUGAGCUUGAGGUGGUGGGCCGAUAUCCAAGCUGAGAUGUCUGCCAGGCACGCAGAAAUGCAUGUCGCCACCUGUGUGUCAGAAGGAGAAACGUUUCCCAGGGUUGGCGGCAGAAGCUUGACAUUUAGAGUGAUAGAAAGCGGCUUUAGCAGUGAAUACAGAGGAAGAGAAGGUAGAGAGGAGGGUAUGGAAGGAUGAUAGGUCCUCCAGAAGUUUAGUGUUCCACCAUUUCCGCUCAGCUGCCCGCAGCCCUGUUCUGUUAGCAUGCAGUGAGUCACUCAGCCACGGAGCGGGAGGGGAAGGUUGGGCCGGCUGGGAGGAAAGGGGACAGUGAGAGUCAAAGGAUGCGGAAAGGGAAGAGAGUAGGGUCGAAGAGGCAGAGUCAGGAGAAAAGUGGGAGAAAGAUUUAUUAGAUGGAAGAGAGGAUAGGAUAGAAGAGGAGAGUAGCGGGAGAGAGAGAGAGCAAAGAUUGCGGUGGCGCAUGACCAUCUGGGUAGGGGCUGAGUGGGUAGAGUUGGAGGAGAGAUGGAGAGAAAAGAAAACAAAGUAGUGAUCAGAGACCUGGAGGGGGGUUGCAGUGAGAUCAGCAGGCAAACAGCCUCUAGUAAAGAUUAAGUCAAGCGUAUUUCCUGCCUUGUGAGUGGGAGGUAACUGGGAAAGGGUGAGGUCACAAGAGGAAAGGAGUGGAUUUAACGUAUAAAAAACAUACUGAUGAGCUAGUUUAAAAGCUACGUAAGCUUACAUAUCUUCGUUGUUGAAGUAUAAAAACAAAGUAUUGGUUAACUCUUGAGGUUCCUCGGGUCUCCACCGAAAUAGGUAAAUCCGCUUUUAGUUUGAAUGCACCUCACUGAGUAUAGAAAACAUUACGAACACCUGCUCUUUUUAUGACAGACUGACCAGGUGAAUCCAGGUGAAAGCUAUGAUCCCUUAUUGAUGUCACUUGUUAAAUCCACUUCAAUCAGUAUAGAUGAAGGGGAGGAGACAGGUUAAAGAAAGAUUUUUAACCCUCGAGACAAUUGAGACAUGGAUUGUGUAUGUGUGCCAUUCAGAGGGUGAAUGGGCAAGACAAAAUAUUUAAGUGCCUUUUAACGGGAUAUGGUAGUAGGUGCCAGCCCAGGCGCACCGGUUUGUGUCAAGAACUACAGCGCUGCUGGGUUUUUCACGUUCAACAGUCUCCCGUGUGUAUCAAGAAUGGUCCACCACCCAAAGGACAUCCAGCCAAUUUGACACAACUGUGGGAAGCAUUGGAGUCAACAUGGGCCAGCAUCCUUGUGGAACGCUUUCAACACCUUGUAGAGUCCAGUAAGUCUGUUAGUUCCACAACAAUAAUUCUCAUGAUAGCACAUUGGUAAUAGUCAGUGGCAAAUAUCAUAGCUAAGCAGGGAUGGGCUUGGUUAAAACCCUGGAUAGGGAGAUCAAAGGGUAGCUGUCAAUAGGUCAAUUCUCCAGUAGGAGGUGCUGCCCAGCCUAUAGUUUAGUUUUUUUCUGAUAGUGGAUUUUAUCGUUGAAGAUCUUAAGUUCUUUUAAAGGUACAAAUUCAACAUAUUUUAUUCAAGGUUUGUCUAUGUUGAAAUUUGGUUAUCGUGAUGACAUAAUCCUGUGGUUGAAAUUUUACCCUCAAAACAACAGUUGAUUACUUUUUUCAAAUCUAAUGUAUUUUCCUCGUAGAUUCCACAUCAGAAUACGUUGACAAAUUAUGUUGAAACAAUGUUGAUUAAACCAGUUUGUGCCCAGUGGGAUUUGUCGAUGUGUGUUUUAUAUUUUCGCUACAAUGUUGUACCAUCAGCAAUACUUGAACAAUACUAUUUUUGCAUUUGUCGGAUCAGAUCCCUGGGUUCUUCAAGGGCAUGGCAUUUCCUGUCCUGACUACUGGCAUCACCAACGCUGUGGUCUUUGGUUCCUAUAGCAAUGCUUUAGACUACCUCACUCAGUCCCAACGGAACGACCGUAGCCAAGGCAACCCUGCCUCUGCAUCAGCAGUCUUCGCAGCUGGCUGUUUCUCAGGUCUGGCACAGGUAAUAUGGAACGUGCUUUAAAUGGCCCUGAAAUAUGGCAUUGUUAUGUGUACUUUUUAACACCAAGCUUUUCUUUGCUGCCAGGUGGUGGUUACUGCGCCUGUUGACCUGGUGAAGGUACGCCUGCAGUCCCAGACCAAGGGCUGGGCUGGGGUCGGUGGUGACGGGUAUCGAGGUCCCAUUCACUGUGUGACUGUCAUCCUGAGGGAGGAGGGGCCAAGGGGAUUGUUUCGAGGGGGGUUGGCUCUUACCCUGAGAGAUGUGCCCUGCUAUGGAAUCUACUUCCUGCCUUACGAGAUCACCUGCAGGUUUCUGACUGAAGAAGGCAAACGGCCAGGUCAGUUGGAGAAAGAGGUUGUGUUCCAGACCAUCUUUUUUUGCAAUUGCGCUGCACAUCUGAAAAGAUUGUUAUAUUAUAAUAUAUGAAUGUGGUUCCUGAGAUGUUACGCUCUUCUCCAGGCGUUCUGAGAUCUGAUCAUCUGUGCAACGCCACUGCAAUAGAGACGACUUGGAGCGUGUGUCGUUAACAGUUCAAAAGCCAUGCGAGUCUGUGAGAAGAGAGCAUGCGAGUCUGUGAGAAGAGAGCGAGCAUGCGAGGCUGUGAGAAGAGAGAGAGCAUGCUAGUCUGUGAGAAGAGAGAGAGCAUGCUAGUCUGUGAGAAGAGAGAGAGCAUGCUAGUCUGUGAGAAGAGAGAGAGCAUGCUAGUCUGUGAGAAGAGAGCGAGCAUGCGAGGCUGUGAGAAGAGAGAGAGCAUGCUAGUCUGUGAGAAGAGAGAGAGCAUGCUAGUCUGUGAGAAGAGAGAGAGCAUGCGAGUCUGUGUCUAGUUUGACCAUUUAUUGCUGAUGGUUUGAGUGCUAGUGCAAUUACAUAGAUUUUCAUGUAAUAAUUUGGUUUGUAUCUUCAGGCACAUUUGCGGUAUUAAUGGCGGGUGGGGUGGCAGGCGUGGUGACGUGGGCCUUUGCCACACCCAUGGAUGUGGUGAAGGUGCGGCUGCAGAUGUCCGGUGCUGGGGGCCGGGUGUACCAGGGGGUCCUGCACUGCAUGAGUAUGAGUCUGAAGGAGGAGGGGGUGAGGGUGUUCUUUAAGGGGCUCCUCCUGAACAGCCUGAGGGCCUUCCCUGUCAACGCCAUCACCUUCCUCAGCUAUGAGAGCCUGAUGAGUUUCCUCACCCGGCCAUCUGCAGACUGACCAUAAGACUAUAUACAUCUCCUGGAUACACUCCGGUCUGACCAAAUGAUGGAAAGAAUACCAACAUUGGAUGGGCAAACCACCAUUAUGUGAAAUUAACUGGUAUAUACAGUGUACCUUAGCAUGCUAUAUACUCAGAAUUGUAUCUGCUAUACUGGAGUUACACACACUUUUGUGAUAUCCUCAAUGUGGGCACUGUGACAGGGCUCAUGAUCCUGUUAUAGUAGGGCACAGUGCUGUGAUAUCAUAAGGUAUGACAAUACUUAUGGAUGCAAACUGUCAUACAGCAUCACCUCUCAAAGAGCUAUGAUACUAUCAGUAUUUUUUGUCAUGACAGACUACAACAAAACCUUGAAUAUAAAAACCCUUGGAAACCAAAUACCAAAUGUUUAUGCCAAGACAUGGUGCAUUUAUGUACUGUAUGAACUUCAUAGCCUACAUUUAUAAUAACUUUGUAAUAAAGAAAAUGUGAAGC